CGCAGGGCAGGUAGCCUUCGAUUCUCCAACAAGCUUCGAGACCACGACGGCCACGGAUCGCGCAACCAAGACGCCGCGAAUUCCAGCCUACACACCCUCUUCUCUCCACGGGCGCAUGCAGCGCGUACAGGAUGCGCCAUGGCGGAGACUCUGAGCAGCAACGCGAUGAACUAUCUCGUAUGGCGAUAUCUCCAGGAGGCUGGCUUCGGUAACGCAGCCCUGCAACUCUCGCGAUGCUGGAUCCGCGACCCCGACACGCUUCCCUUUGCGAAGAACAUCGAACCGCACACACUCAUCAGGCUCGUGCAGGAUGGCAUGUGCUUCGACCAGCUACAGGCCGAGGCCUGCAAUACGGAGCCGCGAUACAGGUUCGGCACCGACCACGGACGACCAUAUUCGGCGCGCAAUGGCAACCUCUUGACCCUCGACAAGGGCAUACCCGCCCACCAACUCGCCGCCGAAGCCAACGGCGCCGUCCAGGAACCCCCACCAAAGAAGACGCUCAAGCGCAAGAAGACGAAGCCCACCAACGGCGUCGAGCCGCGCCCCGAGCCCCACGUCAACGGCGAUGCCAUGGACAUGGAGCACAACGGCGCCGCACAUGUCACAAACAGCACGAGGGCCGAGUCGGAGCCCAUGGUCUCGGAAGCAGAGUCGCCCUCGCUUGCUGACAUCCCCAUAUCCACGCUUAGCAUAGGCCAGGACGCUGAGAUCCAGACCGAAGCCAUUGCCAUUGCUGAUCUGAAUCCCACCACCGUCUCCAUUCCCCCGCCCUCGGAUCCCGCACGGGUAAUCGAGCAUACCCUGUGGGGGCCAAUAGAGUCUCCCGUACUACUCGCAGCUGGCAAAUCCCUCCUCCAGCUUCACGUCGUGAGCAAGGAGCUCGGCCAAGAACCCCCUACCCAACAUUUCGACAUACCUCUGCCCGUCGACAACUUCAACGUCACGGCGCUGUGCUGGCACUCGGACAACGAACUUACCGUCUCCGUGCGAGAGCAGAGAUCCAAUGAAGUGGGCGAAAAGAUGAUGAUGGACAAGCUCAUCAAGCUUACCGAAGGCGGCCAGGCCUCCCAGGUCGUCUCUUCUACCGCCGGCCUCAUCAAUACGCUUCGCUGGAAUCCGGUCCGGAAUUUGCUGCUAUCCAUUUCGACAGACGGCGAAAAGGGCUCCAUCAAGGUGUGGAAAAACGACAGCGACUCCAUCCCAGCCUGGACAGAGUUCACCGAUACAGCCAUCUUCGACGCGCACUGGAUAAGCGACUCAGCUUUUGUCGUUUGCGGUAUCAAGCUCUUCAAAAUCUACGAGGUCAAUGAAUCCUUGACAACCCAGCAAACUCUUGAGACCUCAGUAACAUGGGAGACGGUAAAAUAUGACGCUGCAUCUGGCAUCAUCGCCGUCUUGGGCAUUGAGGAUAGGAAGUAUUAUCUUGGCUUUCUCCACCCCAAUGAUUCGCUGCAACUGCAAACCCAUGAAUAUCCCGACGAAUACCCUACCGAUCUUGGCUUCCGCGUCAAAGCAAAGAACAACCAUCUCACCAAUGGCUCCACUCUGCCCUCCGUCUUGCUUGCAACAAGCUCCAUGUCUGGUGCAACGCGCAUCUGGAAUGCCGACGAACCAUUCAAAUGCGUCAAAUAUCUGCCUACCACAGAUGGCACACAAGCUUUCAAAACUGCAUUUUCCCCAGACGGUUCGCUCUUAGCAGCUGCGGGACCUGAUGCUGUCACCAUAUGGGAUAUAGAAAAAAGAGAUGUCCCAAUUGCCUCAUGGCGCGCCAGUGAAACUCCAAGCGACAAAUGGAAUCCUGGUAUAGACGGAGAGUUCAGUCUUGGUUGGGAGCCAGACAGCUCCAGGCUAUCCAUUGCACUCGGAAAUCAGAUUGCCAUCAUCACGGUUCCAAGAUCUUGCUGUGCAACUCUCUCUUUCCUAUUGACCAUGUCGGCUAUUCCUAAUCUUCCUAUCGACACGCCCGGCAUCCACACCAACGGCGGUGCGAAUGGUGUUGCUGCAGACUUGUCUUUCAAGCUCAAUGAUGCGCCGGUAGAGAAUCUUCGACGUUUGAAAGUUGUCGUCAUUGGGGCCGGCUAUUCUGGUAUCUACUGCGGGAUCCGUAUACCAGAAAGACUGAGAAAUGUCGACCUGGUAAUCUAUGAAAAGAACGCUGGCGUUGGGGGGACUUGGUACGAAAACAGAUACCUUGGUUGCGCGUGCGACGUCCCUUCACACUCUUACCAGUAUUCGUUCCAGCCGAACCCAAACUGGUCGUCGCUUUACGCCCCGGCAGCGGAAAUCCAGUCGUACCUCCAAGAUGUCGCGCAGAAAUUUUCCGCGGACAGGUUUAUCAAGUUGCGUCACCAGAUUGAGGCGUGCCACUGGGAUGACAAAACUGCGAAGUGGAACAUCACGGUAAAGAACCUUGCCACAGGAGAAGUGCUGGAAGAUCAGGCGGACGUUAUUAUCUCAGGGAGAGGUAAUCUGAAUACACCUUCCUGGCCUGAGAUAGACGGCCUGAAAACAUUCAAGGGCGAAGUCAUGCAUUCUGCAGUCUGGAACCAGAGGUACGACUUCGAAAACAAACGAGUUGGUAUUAUUGGCUCCGGCUCUUCUUCAAUCCAGAUCGUCCCUUCGCUACAACGUCUACCAGGUACCCACAUCAGCACCUUUGUGCGUAGCAAGACGUGGAUAUCACCUCCUUUCGGCCAGGACUUAUUCGACAAAUACGGUUUCAAUGGCUCAGCAAUCCCCCAAGAGCUCCGCGAUCGUUUUGCGAAUGACCCCGAGUACUACUACAAGUUCAGGCUUUCAGUCGAAGAGGAUGGAAAUGGUAUCCACGCUGUCACGAUGAAGGGAACUGAACUGCAACUUGGCGCAAAGGAUAUGUUCCACAAGCACAUGAAAGAAAGACUAAAGAGCAAGCCGGAAAUCUUCGAAGCCCUCUUACCGUCAUUCUCACCAGGAUGUCGCCGUUUGACGCCAGGCCCAGGCUACCUAGAAGCACUGACGCAGCCCAAUGUAGACUUUGUCACAUCACCUAUAACGCGCAUAUCCGAAUCUGCGAUUCACACUGCUGACGGUAAGACGCAUGAGAUUGACGCUCUUGUGUGUGCGACAGGCUUCAAAGCAUCUGCCCCGCCUCCGUUUCCGUUGACCGGCAGCAAGGGGCUAUCUCUCACGGAGAAGUGGAACAAGCGCGCUGUCAACUAUCUCUCGCACUCUGUUGCCGGCUUUCCAAACAUGUUCACGAUGCUUGGCCCCAACGCUGCCAUCGGCUCUGGUAGUCUAACUACCAUGAUCGAAACAGUAGGCGACUACAUCAUCAAAGCAAUCCGCAAGAUCCAAAAAGACAACAUUGCAGCCAUGACAGUCAAAGAGGCGCGCGAAAAGGACUUCAUAGAGUAUGUUGAUGCAUACUUCCAAGGCACAGUCUUCGCCGAUGAGUGCAGAAGUUGGUACAAGAACAAGGGUACUGGGGAGGUCGUCGGACUUUGGCCCGGUAGUACACUACACUGCGUUGAAGCAAUGCGGAGCCCGCGCUGGGAAGAUUUCGACUACGUCUACCUGGAUGAAUUAGAGGGCCAAGACGCUAACAACGACCUACAUGGUGUGGGUAAGAAAGCGAACAGGAUGGCUUGGCUAGGUAAUGGAUGGAGUAUCGCUCAGAUGGAAGAAAGAGAUCUUGCCUGGUAUCUGUAUCCGGAAUUUUUGGAUAAGCCUCUUGCACCACUACCGGAGAAGAAGAGCGUUUAUAAUAUGUUGCUCCACUCGUUCCUAGAUCCUAGAGUUCCUGGAUUUGAAAGGCAAAUGAUACCGACAUGUCGGCAAGACGAUGAAUGUCUCGCAUUUUCUACACCCACCUCACAAGUGGAAGUCAAUGGUAUUUUGUCGACAUGGACGCCGCAAGAAUCACCGCUAGAUCCCCAGGGAGUAGACGAAAACCAAGCUCCAUUGUCAACUCCUGUCAAUGGCGUCCUCGAGCCUAGCAACACACAAACCGUUGACCCCAAUCUCUUUCAACCUGAUCUUACUAGCACCGCGACUACGGUAACAGAUAACGCGGGAUCUACCAUGACUAUGAGGACAACGAUCAAUGUUACAGUACCACCGAGUCCAAGUGCCACAGUCAGUACAUCAACGUCGAUAACGCCAGAUCCAGGUCCAGCAACUGUUGGGACCGUGGAAGCCGCGGAGAAUGGCCACAGCACCAACAGACUCAGCGCCGGAGAAGUGACCGGUGUCGCUAUGGGAACCUUCAUCCUCGGCGCAAUUCUGGCGUUUGCCGCUGCAUUCUUCCUGUUUAAGCAAAGAAACAAGCACAAAAGUGCCAACGUUAACAGGAAAGAUUAUCCAAGCUAUGGCGACUCUGCACCCGAUCUAGCUAUGAUGCAAUCCAAGAGUGCCAGCAGUCUAGUAGGGCGACAUAGUCCCUACGUACAGGUUUCGCAAAUACCCCUGCCAGCGCCGCUGGCUGCUCACCCACCUUCUCCAAUUCCUGCCCCUGUUUUCAUACCAGCAAGUGCGUCUCGAGAUAUCACUGCUUUCUUACCACCUACGGCAGACAACGAAGAGGUGUGGAACGAAGUCUCUCAUUUGUUCGCCUUGAUGCAUGAACAUGUAGAAAAGUAUUACCGAGACGUCAAUGCCAUUAUUACACCGAGUAUGGAACCUGAGAUUGCCGAGUUUGGAGCCAAGGAGGUGGACAUGGCAGAACUUCUGCAAGAAUGUACAAGCUCAACAGCGGCGCUGAAGCAUGCCCUCGUAACAUAUGUACUGGGUAUAACGGAGCCGAGGCAGAAAGACGACGAUGAAGGGACAUUGUUUCCCAAAGAGCUUUGCACAGCGGAUGCUGAGAAUCGUAUGAAUGUUGUUUCUGAUCCGGAUCUCGUAGCAGCUACUUCGCUGCAUCGCCGCAUCUCUGUCUAUCUCUACAGCAACAUCACCGGCAUGCCAAAUCGUCGCAGAUCUUGGACGGCUCAAUCGAACAUCCGUGAAGCAGCGGAACACUUCUCUCUUACUUUCUUCCCGUGGGCCAACCCUAUGUCCAGCGACCAAGACAAAGAUGAAGAUCUUGCGCGCAUCAUCACAGACACACUGACAAUGAGGAUAUGGCUCUUCGGGCAGUUGGACACCUAUGAAUUUGAGUGGGAGGGAGUUGGAGAGAGAGGUAUCGUCAUCAACCCGAGUUUGUUGAAACGGAAACGUCAAGAGGGUGACGGCGAUGAUUCAAUAUUUCAGCUGGUGGAAGGCGCCGUCGUUGCUAUGUAG